UAAGAUGAUCAUAAGUAUCUUUGGCACCAGAUUAGCCGAGGGUGCGCUUAGUGAUUCUUCUGGAACUUGCCUCGGCCAUGAGGGACCUUGCCAUAAGAAUGAGUGCUACAAUCCGAUGAUCCUAUGUAAAAGUCAUCGUCAAGAUUCAAUGCCAAAAUAUCUUUGUUUCGACGUUCUACUAAUAAUUGUACUAUUUAGAAAGGGUAUUUGCUAUUAGAAGAGACUUUUGACGAUAUUUUGUUUUGUAUCUAUCUGUUUUGUUCUGUAAAACUACCAACGUUUUCUUUAGCCUACUAUUUGCCCCCUUUCCUGUCUCGUUGCUAAAGUAGCUAGAUUCACCCCUUUGACUUUGCAGGAAUCAGUGGUAGGGGGAUUCCGGAUCUCAACAAGUUUUGAUACUCUGAUAGCAUUUACAAUGGAACAAACACUUGAAACGAGGUUAUGUGCUCUGUUGAGACGACAUAUUUUGAUAUCCUCUUCAUCCACCCAAAGACAAUGUUAAAAAUAUCGACAGAUUUUCUGGAGAAAAUAUCAUAUCAAUGGGAGAUAUCACAGAGUAAAUCAGAUAUCUUUUUAUUCAAAUUCAAACAGAGCUAAGUCGUUUUCAUUUUGAGAGCAAUUCGCUCGACUCAUAUAAAAUAGUUUUCCAAGCGUCUGAAGAUAUUUCCACUUUGUAAAAGUAGUUUUCGGUUAUACUUUUAUUUGAACAAUUUGUGUCGUGGAAAGUUUGUAUUGUCUCGCUGCGAACAUCGCAAAAUGCUUCAGCAUAUUGCCAACUCAGGAGAGUUAAAUGUACAUACUGAACUAGGUGAAAGAAGUUCAAGUUUCUUUUUCUGGGUCUUACAAUAUUACCUUGUAACUUUGCAACUUGGGUGAAUGUAGACUUUCAAAAUAGCAGUUUGUUACUUGCUACUU